UAUAAGUCGAAACAAACAUUUGAUCACUACGAUUAUUAUCAUAGUAAAGGUGACCAAUAGUUUGAAAUGGUUCAGUCAACAUUCAAGUCGAAUGAAUAAAUGUUACACGGUGUCUGUUGUUUUGUUUCUUUAUUGCAACGAAUGAUUUUCAUUCCCUUUUUUUACUCCUUUUAAUUUUUAUGCAGAUUAUAUGUAUGAAAUCAGUAAUCAAUAUAUGGAAUAUUAAUUUCAACGAUGAAUAGUAAUAAUAAUAAUAAUAGUAAUCCAUUAAAUUAUUACCGAGAGACCAAUUUCGCUCACCGUCAGGAUAUAUGUUUUAGUGAUUUGAAUAAUAAUUCAUGGAAAUGGGAUCUGUUGAAUAUAUCAUCUAAUUUAUUCAGAGUAGAGGCGAUCAAAUCAACAAGUCAAUCAUUAUCAAUACAUUCUUCAAUGAGUGACCCAACAUUAUAUCCAGUUGAAAAUUUUGAAAAUGCCAAUACAAAUUUGGAGAAAACAAUUAAAGAGAAAGGUAUUUUUAAUGAAUUAUCAAUACAAAAGAAUCCUGAAUAUGUCAAUCAAUCUAAUAACAAUAAUAAUAAUAAUAAUAACCAACCAAUUGAUUUAACAAUGAACCAUCAUCAACACCAUCGUCAUGAGAAUCAAUUAAGUUAUGAGCAUACAACAUCAUUGUUUCAUUCAAAAAUGAAAUAUAAUACAAAUGAACAAUAUAUCAAUAGAAUAUGUCCUGAUAAUUCAAAUCAAAAUGUUUCUGUAAUACUUCCAUGUUUAUUAUGUAAAAGUAUUCAACAAUCUCCAUAUCAGUUAUUAAAUCAUUUAGAAAAUAUUCAUCAAAUCAAUUCAAAUCAAUUUACAACUGAACAUAGAAAUGGUGAAAAUAUUCCAGAUACACAAAUUAACAUUGAACGACAACAACAACAACAACAACAGCAGAUGGAUUCAUCAUUAAAACACCCCUAUACAAAUCAUAAAUUAGUUAUUACUGAUCAGUUAACAAGUAAUCUGUAUAAAUAUUCGAAAAAUUUUACAAAUUAUUUCAAUCUAUUUAAUUUUAUGUAUAAAAAUUUAUUAUAUUCUCAUCCUAAGAAGAUUAAUGAAGCGGAAACAAUCAUAUCCAAUUAUUUAGUACCACUUAAAAAUGUAAAAAGCCAUUUAGUCCCUCAUGAAACUGAUCAGUUGGUACAAGUUGAACCCUUUUCUAAUGUUAAUCUUAAUCAAUUAAGUAUGUUGAAUGAAAAUAAUCAAUCAAAUGUGUUAUGUUUUCAUCAGAAUAAUUCAGUCAAUGAAAAUGUUAUAUCCUAUGAAUUAUCUUUAAAUAAAAAUUCAUUUUAUUAUUUAAAUAAGGAUAAAAGGCCUAUCAAACCAUACAAAGCAACUUAUCAUUCUAAAGAUAUUUCAGAGCAGACUUCUUAUCCGAAUCGAAAUCUUUUUAAUCCAAUUAACAAUACUAAUGAAAAUAAUAGUACUGUGGUGAAAAAACAAACAUCCAAAUUAAUAACUCAUUUAAGACGUGAUAUAUGUGAAUAUUGUGGUAAAAUAUUUCGAAAUUGCAGUAAUUUAACUGUACAUCGACGUAUACAUACAGGUGAAAAACCAUAUCAUUGUAAUAUAUGCACAUAUUCAUGUGCUCAAUCGUCAAAAUUGACAAGGCAUAUGAAAAUACAUAGUAAGCAACAAAACACUUGCAAAUUAAAAACAUCUAAUUCUGAAUAUUCAGUGAAACAUUUAAACAAAACAAAAUUUAAUGGUAAUCAGUGUAAUAAAAGUUUAACAUCACAUAAAUAUGAACAUCAUUUAGAAGCAUGUAAAUACGUUAUAUGAAAACUGAUGAAAACAUGAGUAUGGUUUCCUGUUGACCACUUCCAACCACCAUCUUAUCUCAAC